UAAAAGCCACUCUCACACGUGGAGUGGACAAACGGAGCUUCAACUUUUUUUGGGGAAAGAACAGAUAGACAACUUUGUUUAUGUUUCUCGAUUUUAGUGAGACCGUAUAGCUCGGGUAAAUGCUGCCUCGGGGUCUCACUGUGUGAUGGGCCCGAAGAUAUUUUUCGACUGUGUUCACGGAUAAGGAGGCACAGGAAGGAGGGUCAUGGAGAACCUCUGGAGGGGGACGCAGGCGGUGAGAUGGGAACUGCUAAGAAGCUCGUUGCUGUUUUGUGCUUUCUCUGGUGUCAGUGAGGCCCAGUGUCAUGGCUGUCUGGAGUACUGCUGUGAAGGCUCGCCACCAUUCUGCUGCUCCUACUACGCCUAUGUUGGGGAUGUCCUUUCGGGCACUGCCAUCUCUGGGAUCGUGUUCGGCGUGGUGUUUCUGAUGGGAGCGAUGGCGGCCUUGUUCCUGUGUGUCUGUAUGUGUGUGAAAAAUGGACACGGUGCCAGGGUGGGCGUGUUCAACACCUCAUACAUCAACACUGUGACUGAGGGCUACCCAGGUCCUCCACCUCCAUACACCUACGACUGUGAGCUGUACCCUCCACCUCUCCACCCUCCGCCUUACACACCAACUCAGUCUGAGCCGGCCAACUAUUCCCCCCCACCUCCUUACCCGGGGUGCAUGAGCAAAUAAUUUGCAACGUAUCAUCCACUGACCAGCUGAAAUGAAGCUCUCCCAGGCUGAUUUUGCAGGCCGGAAAAGAACCUCAGGGAGCAGGGCCAUGUGCAAUAAUGAUUCAGCAAGCAGGUCAUCUGAGCAAAAUCAAGCAGAGUUGAGUCGCUUUACAGACAGUGUUGGGAAAAUGAAUAAUAAUUGAACACGAUGUACGAGAGGACAUUGAGGCACUGCGAGCCUGCAGCCACCAAACCAAAACGCUUUAUCAGUUUCUGGCUGUGCACUUCAAAGGUACUGAGCUGCUUUUUUGAAGGUGCAGGCUACUUUUUAAGGAUAUGAGGGAAUAUUUCAGUUCAGUUUUUUUAUUCCUUCAUUAUGGUGUAUGGUGUGGAAGUGGCAGGGCAGGGCUGGGAUAUAUUUUACUUGAAACUAUGUAGGUGAACUGAGUUGAUGGCUGUGAAUAGUGGAUGAGACUUUACUGUUUUUAACGAAUA